GGCGGUUCAGCUAAGUUUCUUCCUCAUCUGACGGUCCGUCGCAGCGAGGAGCCUUUCUUUCUCCGCUUUGAAAACCUUUCACCUGAUUAACGUGUUUUAUAAACACUUUAACCUCAGUUUCUUCCCUUACAUUUAUAACUUUUUGCCGUAUGGGACGGAACGUUUUUUCUCCAGUCUACUAUGGAUGAGGUGAUAGAGGAGGGGGGUCCUACCUCUAAGACCACUCUGUCUGGGGAACAUGGCCGCCGGAGCAAAGCUAAGAGCCCAGAGCAGCAGCAGAGAGCAGACUCCCCUGGACCCAGCUGUGUCUCCAUGAAGAGUGGCUGGUCUAUGGAUCAUCCUGGCCUGUUUAAAGAUGGAAAUCAGUCUAUUGAGAAGAGAGGAGUCCAGCAGGAGAGAGCAGACUCCUCUGGACCCAGCUGUGUCUCCAUGAAGAGUGACCGCUCUAUGAGACCUCCUGCUAACUUUAAAGAUGGAAUUCAGUCUAUUGAGAAAAGAGUACAGCAACAGAGAGCAGACUCCCCUGGACCCAGCUGUGUCUCCAUGAAGAGUGACAGCUCUAUGGGACGUCUUCUUAACUUUAAAGAUGGAAAUCAGUCUAUUGAGAAGAGAAGAGUCCAGCAGCAGAGAGCAGACUCCCCUGGACCCAGCUGUGUCUCCAUUAAGAGUGACCGCUCUAUGGAUCUUCCUGUUGGGUUUAAAGAUGGAAAUCAAUCUAUUGAAAAGAGAAGAGUCCAGCAGCAGAGAGCAGACUCCCCUGGACCCAGCUGUGUCUCCAUGAAGAGUGACUGGUCUAUGGAUGCACCAUGGGACUUUAAAGAUGGACGCCCCUCCAAAGAGGAGAGACACCAGAAGAGGUCAAAGGUUACCAGUGCUCAGUCUCCACAGCAGCAUCAAACAGAGCUGAUCAAGAGGGCUGAGGAGAACGCACACGCUUUCCUCGACAAGGAGCUGAAGAAGCUCUGGAGGGAUCUCUUCUCAGAUUACCCACAAUGCUCAGAGGGUCAGAGAGUGGAGGAGGAGGAGGUGGAUGGUAAGAAGGAGGAGCAGAGGAGGCGCGCCAUAGAGGGAGUGGUGGACAUCACAAAGCUCUGCCUGAUGGAGAUGAACCAGAAGGGACUGGCCGACACACUGCGGGGCGGAUCUGAUGCUGUCGAUUGCCAACAUAAAAUCAAGUCUAAUUUGAAGAAGAAGUUCAAGUGUGUGUUUGAGGGAAUGGCUAAAGCAGGAAAACGAACAGAUCUGAACGACUUCUACACAGAGAUCUUCAUCACAGAGAGAGGCAGUGGAGAGGUCAACAAGGAACAUGAGGUCAGACUGAUUGAAACCGCUUCCAGGAAACCAGCCAAGGAAGAAACACCAAUCAGAUGUGAAGACAUCUUUAAACCCUUACCUGGACAAGAUCAACCAAUCAGAACAAUGAUGACAACUGGAGUGGCCGGCAUUGGUAAAACCGUCUUAACACACAAGUUCACUUUGGACUGGGCUGAGGGCAAAACCAACCAGGACAUACACUUCACAUUUCUCCUAACUUUCAGAGAGCUGAAUUUACUGAAAGGGAAAGAGUUUAGCUUGGUGGAACUUCUUCAUCGCCUCUUUAUUGAGACCAAAGAAGCAGGAAUCUGCAGAUUCCACCGGUUCCAAGUUGUCUUCAUCUUGGAUGGUCUGGAUGAGUGUCGACUUCCUCUGGACUUCCAGAGAAACCCGAUCUGGACUGAUGUCACAAAGUCCACCUCGGUGGACGUGCUGCUGACCAACCUCAUCAGGGGCGACCUGCUUCCCUUCGCUCGCAUUUGGAUAACCACACGCCCUGCAGCAGCCAAUCAGAUCCCUGCUGAGUGUGUUGACAUGGUGACAGAGGUGAGGGGGUUCACCGACCAACAGAAGGAGGAGUACUUCAGGCAGAGAUUCAGAGAGGAGAAGCUGGCCAGCACAAUCAUCUCCCACGUCAAGAAAUCACGAAGCCUCCACAUCAUGUGUCACAUCCCAGUCUUCUGUUGGAUCACUGCUUCAGUUCUGGAGGACAUCUUCAAAAAAUCCCAGAUCGAAGAGAUGCCCAAGACCGUGACUCAGAUGUACAGCCACUUCCUGAGGGUCCUGUCCAUACAGGGGGACAGGAAGUACCAUGGGAGGGCUGAAACAGAUCCAGACUGGAGCUCAGAGAGCAGGGAUAUCAUUGUUUCUCUGGGAAAACUUGCUUUUAACCAGCUGGAGAGUGGCAACCUGAUCUUCUACGAGGCAGAUAUGGCAGAGUGUGACAUCGAUAUCAGAGCAGCCUCAGUGUACUCAGGAGUGUUCACCCAGAUCUUUAAAGAGGAGUGUGGGCUGUACCAGGACAAGGUGUUCUGCUUUGUCCAUCUGAGCAUCCAGGAGUUUCUGGCUGCCCUUUAUGUCUUCUGGUCCUUUAUCAAUACUGGGGUCAAUCUGCUCUCAACCUCCAGGAAAGAUAAACUCCUCCUCUACCAGAGUGCUGUGGACAAGGCCUUACAGAGUGAGAACGGACACCUGGACUUGUUCCUCCGCUUCCUCCUGGGCCUCUCUCUGGAGACCAAUCAGAUUGUCCUACGAGGUCUGCUGGGACAGAAAAAAAUAUCACUGAUCACUCAGAUUAAAACAGGUCUGCUGCGAAUGACAGGAAGUAGGUCACAGACCAAUGAGGGAACAGUGUCUUACAUCAAGGAGAAGAUAGAAGGAGAUCAAUCUCCAGAGAGAAGCAUCAAUCUGUUCCACUGUCUGAAUGAGCUGAACGACUGUUCUCUAGUGAAGGAGAUCCAGGAGUACCUGACAUCAGGAAGUCUCUCCGGAAAACCUCUCACGCCUGCUCAGUGGUCAGCUCUGGUCUUCAUCUUACUGACAUCAGAAGAGGAGCUGGACGUGUUUGACCUGAAGAAAUACUCUGCUUCAGAAGAUGGUCUUCUGAGGCUGCUGCCAGUGGUCAAAGCCUCCAAAACAUCUCUGCUGCAGGGCUGUGAUCUGUCAGAGAGAUCCUGUGAAGCUCUGGCCUCAGUUCUCAGCUCCAAAUCCUCUAGUCUGAAAGAGCUGGACCUGAGUACCAAUAAUCUGCAGGAUUCAGGAGUGAAGCUGCUCUCUGCUGGACUGGGGAGUCCACACUGUACACUGGAAACCCUCAGGCUGCAGGGCUGUGAUCUGUCAGAGAGAUGCUGUGAAGCUCUGGCCUCAGUUCUUAGGUCCAACUCCUCUAGUCUGAGAGAGCUGGACCUGAGUACCAAUGAUCUGCAGGAUUCAGGAGUGAAGCUGCUCUCUGCUGGACUGGGGAGUUCACACUGUACACUGGAAACUCUCAGCUUGUCUGGCUGCCUGGUCACACAGGAAGGCUGUGCUUCUCUGGCCUCAGCUCUGAGCUCCAACCCCUCCCAUCUGACUGAGCUGGACCUGAGCUACAAUCACCCAGGAGACUCUGGAGCUGCGCUGCUCUCUGCUGGACUGGAGGAUCCACGCUGGAGACUGGACACUCUCAGUGUGGAGCACGGUGGAGUGUGGAGGCUGAAACCAGCUCCACAGAGAUGUGAGUGUCUGUUUGAUUCAUCACAUCACACACUCACUAUUGAGAUGGAAAGUCCAUCCACACAGCAGGAAGUGAGGUCACAUCCUACUGGGAAUGAAGAUGAUGGCUGACAUCAUGUAUCUUACGUAUAUAUUAAUACU